AUGUCCAUGCCAGACACUUCUCCCACAACAGCCGCGACAACCUCAACCUCGACCUCAACCGGAGGCGAAACAUCCCUCUCGGCCCUCCUCUCCACCCUCAAAAUCACAAUCCACCCGGAAACAUACGUCUUUGCGACCAUGCCGGCCUCGCACUUUCACGGGAAUGGCACGACAGUCUUUCCCAUCCCCCUCUCCGACAUCCUCCUGUUCUUCCGCGAACCGUGCACCAGGUCUGCGUCUGCUGCUGUGUCGUCGCACGCAGAUGCAGGCGCAGACGCAGGAGUAGAGACAAGGACAGGCGCAGCGACGUCCAGUCCUCCUCCGAGCAUCCCUCGCGACGAUCAAAUCACCUUGAUCCUCCAGCGCGAUGUAGCGGAGCGGUAUGCCGCCACUCCCCUGGACGGUGGCCUUCUCCAGUCGCCGCCGACGACCCUCACGUACGCGUUCCCGUGCCGCCUCCUGACGUGUGACGUGCACUCGUCGCUCUCGGCCGUCGGGUUCAUGGCCGUGUUGGCGACCAGGCUGGCGGAGCGGGGGAUCAGCGUCAACCCCGUGGCCGGGUUCUAUCAUGACCAUUUGUUCGUGCCCGUGGAGAGGGCUGAGGAGGCGGUGGAAGUGCUGGAGGGAGGGGUUGGUAGCGGGAGUACAGUAAGGAGGAAUAGGGAGGAGUGA